AUGAAUCGGUUUUUAGAAUUCGCUAAUCGUUUUCACAGUUUGCCUGGGCAUCUUCGGGUACUGUGCGGUGCAGGAGGAAGUGAAUCCAGAUUCCAAGUGGGCAGAAAUCUUUCGCGUAAUUACUCGGGAGCCUCUAAAAUGGUUGGGGGCGGACAAGAUGGAGACAAGGCCCAGCCCAAGCCUCUCAGCGCAUCAGAGAGGGCUGAGACAAAUUGCCCUAUUGCGCUGGCUUCCGCGCUUGACGCUCAGUGCAGUUAA